AUGCGAGAGCUACAUCUCAACAACCUUCGCAUCCCUGGGGACGCCGUGCGCAAAUUGGCUCUGGGCUUCAAGGGCAACAGUGCGCUGUUGAAGGUGACAUUCACUUGGUGCCUGGUGGAUGCGAAAGGUGCAGAGAGUCUGGCAGAAGCGAUCGCAUGCGAGGAGACCAGAUUGGAAUCCCUGGAUCUGUCUCACAACGUCCUGAAGUGCAAAGGGGCCAAGCACCUCGCCGAUGCCUUGAUCCACAACUCCGUCUUGCAAAAGCUGGACCUGCGCUCCAACAUGAUUGCAGAUGACGGGGCAGCCAGCUUCGCAGGCCUCUUCAAGAACUCUGCCUUGCAGCUGCUGAGGCUCGAUGACAACCGCUUCGGGAACAAGGCGGUGCGCAUCUUGCAGAGAGCGCGGGACGAGGUCUUGAGGACUGAUGGCAAG